AACACUGACCACCAGACUACUGAAUGCCCGUGUACUAACCGUCUUUUAUCUAUGCCGUGUACUAAGUUUGUACUUUACUAAGUAUCACUAAAUAGUGUCACAGUGAGUACGGAACUACUGAAUACUGAUCAGAAUUCAGAAUGGGGCGUUGGGCUCUUUCAGAAAUUAAGAAAUUCAGAAUGCACAUUGCCACAUCUCACAGAAUUUAAAACUGAUAAGGUUUGUUUACAAAGAUAACCAGUUGGCAUAUUUUAAGUAGGAAAAUAGAAUAAUUAUUAAUUGCUAAAUUAGUAAAUAAUUAUUUAAUUUCUGCGAACAAGUACUCCUCUAUGGUACUCUAUGUAAUCUAUAAAAUACUAUUAGGUAGUAGGUACAUAUCUUAUAAUAUAUAAUGUUCAUUUUUUGCUAUGAGACAUGUCAUUAGUGGAAAAAUAAAAUCGUACUUUUACAAUUGUAAUUCAACUUGAACAAUAAUCUCGCAUUACUUUAGGAGAUAUUAAAGUAUCUUAAUAUUAAUAAUCAUGUGCAAAAUCGGCAUACCUUGGAUUCCUGUAACAUUCACAGUAACACCUAUGAUAGGUGGUUUCAUGGGAAGCAUUUUUGUUCGCAAAAACAUCAAAGGAUGGUACGAGACAUUGAAUCGACCAUCCUGGAGGCCUCCAAAUUAUAUGUUUGCUCCAGUUUGGACUACUUUGUAUUUAGGAAUGGGAUACGCCUCAUACAUGGUGUACCGUAGUGGAGGUGGAUUUUCUGGUGCUGCAAAAAUUCCUUUGGCACUAUACGCAUCACAAUUGGUUUUAAAUUGGGCAUGGACGCCUUUAUUCUUUGAAUUUCAUCAGUUAAAAUGGAGUUUAAUUGAAAUAUGUGUUUUGUGGACAAACGUAGCUGGUUGCAUUGUAACGUUUUACAAAAUAAACAAAGUAGCUAGUUAUUUGAUGGUUCCAUACUUAGGUUGGUUGUCGUUAGCAACAGCAUUGACAUAUAACAUUUAUAAAAAUAACCCUGAAAUAUCAGACAAAGUUAAUAAUGAAUAGUUUUAUUUAUAUUACAACAUGUUUGUAUGAUAUUUUUUUGUUAUUAAAA